AUGGCUAAGCAUCAUCCAGAUCUCGUAAUGUGCAGGAAGCAGCCUGGCAUUGCUAUCGGCCGCCUCUGUGAAAAGUGCGAUGGGAAAUGUGUUAUUUGCGAUUCCUAUGUCCGACCGUCAACUUUGGUGAAGAUUUGCGAUGAGUGCAAUUAUGGUAGCUAUCAAGGGAGAUGCCUACUACUGCANNNNGGAAUUACCCUCGAGAGUAUCCUCAAAAAGAUGGGCCAGUUCGACCCAUUGACCGUCACUAUUUUGGACUUUCCGACAGAGGCAUGCACGAGAUCAGCUGGAGUAUCGGGAAAUGUGAGAAUCUAG